CACUCCUUCUCCUCCCCAUUCCUCCCAGUCUACAGGCUCGUCAAGCAGAGAAAUAAACAGAAUCGAGCGCUGAGAAGACAUUCCUCCCUCCCCUCCCCCUCACUAUUUGUCCAUCUUCAUCCUGCCCUUUCUUUCAUGGAGAGGAAUUAUCCCGCUGCAGGCUUCGGAGAUCUAGGGGCUGGGACAGGAUGGGGUUACGACAGAUCGGCCAAAGCAAGCCUCAUGUAUGGGAGCUCCAGGUCAUCCCACCCAGACUCAGAACUGCUUCACCGGCAAGCCUAUGCCACCCCCCACCCCCUCCAAGGCUAUGCAACCAACCACCACCCAGGAAACUCAAGACAGGGCGGAGCCUGGGGUGCUGCUGGACGCACACUUGGCCUGUCAGGGCUGAUUGAUGCCAGCCUCCACCAUGCCAGCCCUUCAGGUCCCGACCCCACAGUCAUGAAUCUGAUUUCAGCUCUGGAGUCCCGGGGUCCACAGCCCACACCCUCUGCUUCUUCCCUCCUGUCUCAGUUUCGCACUCCCUCUUGGCAGACUGCAAUGCACACACCGGCCCCAGCGGAGCUCUUUAUUUCAGGGGCACUUCCAGGUUCCAGCUCCUUCCCCUCCUCCUCAGCCCUUUCUGCAUACCAGCAUCCUGGCUCCUUUUCUGGACGAUCUUUCACUCCCUCACUAUCCCUGCAGGAUGCACCUACAUUUAGUCCGAAUUCUAAUGGCUUGCUAUCGUCACAUGAUUCCCUGCUACACAUCAAAACACCCUCUCAAUCCAGUUUGGGCUUUGAUCGCUUGCUGUCUUCCCAGAGUGCCACCUACCGGGGCUCUCAGGAGUCCCCUGCCCCUCCUCAAUCCCAGGCCCCACCCACUUCCUCCAGUUGCCACCUGCCUCCUCCCCAGUUCAACCUGUUGUCCUCUCAGCUCCACAACCAGUCCUCUCAGCUCUAUAAUGCCUCUGUGUUCUCUUCCACACCAGCCCUACAGCCUGUGGCACCCCCCCAGCCUCCUUCAGAGAGGGCAGUUUCUCGACAGGACAGUGUGAUCAAGCAUUACCAACGUUCAUCUCCAGCCGAGUCCACAACCCUACAGCAAUAUGUUAGCUGUGGUGGGUCAUCUGGCUAUCAGCAGAGAGUCAGCCGCCAUCGGCGUGCUGCAGUGUCCUGUAGUCCCCUGGAGGAACAGGGCCAAUCCUCUGACCCCAAGCCCUCAUCAAGGAUGGAGUCCCACACCUAUCAACCUAUCAUCCAAACACCCUACACAUCCUCUUCCUCCAGCUCAUCAGCUUCUUCUUCGUCGGCCACUAAGGGAGCCAAAAGUAACAGCUCUAGUAGUGGGUAUUCCUCUUCAGGCUCAGCAUCUUCUUCUUCCCGUGAACCACACACUACACCAUCAGCCUCCUCCACCACCUCUUCAACCUCUUCUAGCUCCAAGACAAGCACUAGCUCCUUGUCUGCUCCGUCUCAUCAGCAACCCCCACCACAGUCAGCUCCAGGACCACCUCCUCUACCAGUGGUGUCAUCCACUCUUGUUCAACAGCCAGCAGCCAAACAAUGCCUAUCCACAUAUGGCUCUCAAUCUGCAGCUAAAUCUAGCACAGGCCUACCCAACCAGACGCCUCCCAGGCAACAUACCCAAUCCUACUCUCCCAACCAACCUCCAUCAACACAAAUGGCCCAACCUUACGGAGGUUUCAGCUCACCUCAUGCCCAGGACUUAAACUCAGGAGCAGGGGGCACUGGGGGUAAAAUGUUCACUGGUAUAGGUGCAGAAGGACGCUCUUUUUCUGCAGAGGUGGUCUUUGAGGAUUCAGGUUUUGGCCCAGCUUCUCUCAGAAGAGCAAGAAGUCCUUCAUUAGGUUAUGGGAGUGGAUCAACAGGCAGUGGAUCUGUGUCAGGAUUGACUGCACUUGGCAGUGGAGUUGGAUCUGCAGGGUCAGGCAGCAGGGCAGCUGGUGUUGGCAAUGGAGCUAGUGGCUCUUACCACCUGCCUGAGUCAAGCAUGUCACCCUCUGUCAAUUCUACUAUCAGUCGCCCUGGAUUGCAUUCUCCUGCUGCUGCUCGUCCUGCACAGUCCCCUGGAGGCUCAGGGGCCACAAAAUACAUGCCCUCUAUUCUGUCACCUUCUUUUAUGUCCUCACCACGAGGUUUUGCUGAAACACAACAAGCUCAGAGCCAGUCCUACCACUCAACACCACCCAAGCCAAAAACAGAGACAAACAUACUGGGAGUUGAGCAAACCCAGGGUGAAGAAGAGGAUGAUGACGAUUUCCUAAUCCACCACUUACUACAUGCCCAAAGCUCAACUCCCCAUCCUUCCCAGCAUCACCCACAUCCUCAGCAACUACCCCAACCACUCUCACAAACAAGGGACGGAGAAGGAAAGGGAUUGACCUAUGAUGUUAACAAAAUUUCAGAGGAACGGUACCACCUUCAGAGUGUCAUUCGUACCAAUAACACCACCAGCAGUUCAGGUCCUGGAACAAUUAUUAGUGAUAAUGCAAGUGGCUUAAGCAGACAGUUAGAAAUAUCACAGAAGAAACAGCAGACCAAGUCGGAGCUGACCAUAUCAAAGUCCACAUCUGGAGUGGUGCAAGGGGUUUCUGAUUCUCUUUCCCACCCCCAUACUACCCCCUCACAUCAACAACAGCAUGAGUCUCUGGGCUCUGUGGUCAAUUAUGGAAGAGGGGACCCUUACUCACAACACCCACACUCCCAACAUCCCCAUCAUACCUCACAUGUGUCCUCACACUCUCAGCACAAUCAGCAAUCCCAAAUCUCCCAGCACUCCCAGCAAACUCAACAUGGACAGCACUCUCAACAUUCUCAGCAUAGUCAUCCAAGUUCCCACUCACACAGCCACUCUCACAUAGAGCUAAAGAAACCUUCAGAUGCAAAUGACAAUGCCUACUUGUGUAACACACCAGAUGUGCAGCAGGCUAGACAAAGCCAGGUCCCUCUUUCUCUGAUGAAUUCAUCACCAGAUCCUCCUCAGCAAACUCACAUGUUGCAGUCUGUACUUUCGCAUACCACCCACAGCAAAAUGGACCACCAGCAAGCCCCUCCACAGCAGCAGCAGCAGCAACAACAACAGCAUUCUCUAAGCCAGCAGGCCAUGAUGAGUUCAGCUGGCGGAGCAGGGCCUGUCGAGGUAAAGACCCACCCACAGAACCAGUCUUCACACUUGCAACUCCAGCUCCAGACUCACUACAGGCUUGGCGCUCAGCCAAGAGAUCAAGCCAGUCAGAAUUCAAUGUCUCCACUAGACAUGCUGAAUCAAUCUCUUACUCGGGCCAACAGCAGAGACAGUGGACCUCUAGACCAAACUGGGAUUGGGGUGACUGUGACAGGAGGAGAGGGAGGUGCUGGAGACAGGCAUAGACAGCAGCACAGACUUACACCUCACCACCAUCCCCAGCAAACAGCUGCAGAUCUCCAUGAUUUUCUUGCUGAGCCAGACUUGGGCUUAUCGUCCCCUUCACACCUGCAUCACCUCAACCAGCCUCAGGCCCAAGCCCACCCCCAUGCCCUCCACCAACAGCAAGCACAUACUCACCAUCAUCUGCCACACACUCAGUUACCUCACCCACACUCCCACCGGAUGGCAGCAAAUAUGAGGACUCCCCCACAACAGCAGCAACCUCGACCAAGAGAGCCUGUCACAACUGUGAGUGUGACACAACUGUCACACUCACAAUUGGACCAGCUCAAACAGCACCAGUUUGACACAGUGAGCCCAGCAGAUAAAGUGGGACAGAAUCAUGCUCAGCAUCAGCAGCGGUUUGCACCUCUAACGUCCAUUUGCUUUCCAGAGUCUCUCUUACAUGAUGAAGACCGCUCUUUCUUUCCUGACAUGGAGGACAUGUUUUGUUCAACUGAUUACAAAUCAAGUUGUGCUGGGGAUUCUGGGACAGGACAGGCUGCUCAAGAAAGCCUCAGCCAGGGCCAUGGGCAGGCGCAAGAUGGUAUGGAGUCCUUAAAAACAGGAGGUGUUGGAGAGGGCUAUGAUAUGGUUGGUCAUCACAGUGAUCAAGGCUAUGGGCAGUAUUGCCGUAGCCUUUCAAGGACAGGUAAUGGCAAUCUACACUUAGACCUUGACUCUCUGAAGGGCCAUGAGCUCCCCUCCACUGUGAACACUGACCAGCUUGGCCUCAUCCAGUCCCAAACUACCACUUUGGGAUUGAGUUCCUCACCUGAGGUGGAUGGCUCAGUCAACAAGAUGGUGGGAGCUGUUGGAAUCGGUGGAAAUUCCAAUACUACUGGUCUGACCUCACCUAUCUUCUGUUCUUCUCGACCCAAGAAACUGCUGAAGACCAGUUCAUUUCAUUUGCUUAAACAGCGGCGUGAACCUCAACCUCAAACAAAGAAAAACUAUGCGCAGGAGUAUGAAUUUGAGGAUGAUGAAGAUAAAGCUGAUGUUCCAGCAGAUAUUCGUCUCAACAAUCGACGCCUUCCUGAUCUGUUGCCUGACUUGGUGUCUAGUUGUAGGAAGGCAGCUGGGACAUCUGGGGUAAGUGGGCUCAGUCCACUGAUGGGUGACAUGGACUUCUGCCAACCCUCCAGCUACUCUUCCCUUGGACACCCUCCACAGCUCUUCCCACAAGAAGGCCCUAAGAAAAGAGGAAGGAAACCAACUAAACCAAAACGUGAAGGUCCUCCUCGUCCAAGAGGCAGACCACGCAUACGUCCUCUUCCAGAGCCUCCUUACUGCAGGGGAUUGAUGGGAUCAGUGGUUGGAGAAAAUAGGAGGGGGCGUGGGAGGGGUCGAGGACGAGGCAGAAAGGAGGAAGGGCUGGUGGAAACACAUGGUGAUAUUAACAAAGCACAAAGCCUUCCAUAUCAUCAUCAGCAACAGUACAGCCAACAGCAGCAUCUCCAACAGCAUCCACAACAACAUCACAGCCAGCAGGCAGAUCUUCACCACCCACCACACCAGCAGCAACAACAGCAUCACCUGCAUCAUCAGCAGCAGCAUGUUUCUUGUUCUCACCACCAGCUGCAUCAUCAACAGCAUCAUCAGCCACAACAACAGCCAUCUCAGCAGCCGCAGCAAGAUCCAGUUAGACCUAUCAAGAUCAAACUGCCUGUUUCAACCAUGCCUUCGUCAGAGUCCUUGUUGAGGACAGACUCACUGUCUAGCAGUGAACCAAUUCUGUCUGAUGGAUCAGUGGGGUCAGCACCAUCUCUGGGCCUAAGUCCUGGACCCAGCAUCACCAUGGACAUCAACAGAAAUGAACUGAACCAGGCACAAGACAAGAUUAUGAUGCAUCAGCAGAGAGCGGAAGAGAUGAUGGUGGAUCGAUGGAAGAAAGAAUCUGAUGACCCACUGAAUUCUGAAGCUUGGACUGCUAUGCAGAAACUCUCCAAUUCAGCUGACGAGAAGGCCUUUGACUUCAAACCUGCCUUCAUGGCCUCUUUUUUGGAUUUCCUGAAGACAGGCAAAAAACAGUCAGACCUUGACACAGGACAUGAUGAAAGCGAGCAAGAAACUCUAAACCCCUGUUUCUCUUUGAAGGGCGGUAUUAGACCCUUAUCCCCACCUCCUCCUUCCCUAUCCCCAAGUCCUCCACAGCAGCCUCCGGAAACAUUCGAUGAGGGAGAGCAGGGUGAGGGGACGGACCUGGCCCUCAGCAACUGCCCAAGCCCCUGCAAGCCUCUGGAUGAGGAGCUGAAAAGGAACUUGGAGACACUUCCUUCCUUCUCCUCUGAUGAAGAGGACUCGGUCAGUAAGAACCAGGACCUGCAGAAGAGCAUCUCAUCUGCCAUCUCUGCUCUCUAUGACACCCCACACUCACUGGCUGCUGCAAUGGCUUCAGCAAUGAUCAAAGCCCAACCGACACAAUCCCCACCUACACCCCAGGAGCCAUCAUUCAGUCCCCCUCUCCCUGCCAUGCCUCCCCUUAUUCCCACUAUGGAGAACAGAAAAGAGGAGGCCCCUACAUACUCUCAGAAGCACACACAGGACGAGGAAGAACAAAAACCCUCCCCACAGUCAAACCCAGAAGAAACAGAUGAGAGAAUGUCUGAGCAAGGAGAAGAGGCGGAAGAGGAUGAGGCUGAGGAGAGAGGAGAGGAGACUGUGAAUUAUGAAGAUAUAAUGAAAGAGUCGCAGAAUUUGCCGCAAGGAAUCCUGAAAGGGGAGGAGGAGGAGGAGGAGGAGGAGGAGAAGGAGGAGGAGGAGAGGAAGGAUGAGGAGAGGAUGUCAGAAGUGCAGAUUUUGGAGGUUCCUAAAGUUCAAGAUUCUCCAUCAGGACCUGUGCUUGCUCAUGCACCUCCAUCACCAUCCCUAUCCAUCUCCCCCUCGCCACCCACCUACUCCUCACCCUCACCGCUCCCUCCCCUGUGUUUUUCUGUACCAUCCCCACUGCCAAUCCACCAAGAUGAGGAAGAAGAGAGUCCAACUUGUCCUCUCUCUGAUCAGCAGCAGUCCUCAUUCCAACAGACUCCAACAGCAGGCACUUCCCCACCCCCGUCCACAUCCCCUCCGGCCAAUCCGUCAUCACCCCUCUCCAACCUUCCACUGGGUCAGCCAAUUCCCCCUCCUUCCACCACACCUCCCCCAUCAUCUUCUGAUCAGGACCAGGAGCCUGAAGCUGGACAGCCUUCCCCAUCUGCACUCUCCUCUUCUUCCCCCUGUUCAUCAUCCUCUCAGCCACCAUCACCUCCAACCCCAGAGGAGGCCCCAGCAUCCCAGCGUCUUACCUCCCUCCACUUGGCAAAGAAGCAGGCUGAUGCUGCCAUCGCUGGGGAAAGUGAAGAAGAGGACAGUGAGAGUGGAGGCGAGGGAAUCUUUCGUGAACGAGAUGAGUUUGUGGUGCGAACUGAGGACAUCAGAACUCUUAAGAUGGCCUUGCAGACAGGCCGGGAGCCCCCACCAAUUUGGAGGGUGCAGAAAGCUUUGCUGCAGAAAUUCAGCCCAGAGAUCAAAGAUGGUCAGAGGCAGUUCUGUGCAACCAGUAAUUAUUUGGGUUACUUUGGUGAUGCCAAAAUGCGUUACCAGCGUUUAUAUGUGAAGUUCUUGGAGAAUGUCAACAAAAAAGAUUAUGUUAGAGUGUGUUCCCGGAAGCCAUGGCACAGAGCCAGUCUGACUCUGAGACGCCAGUCGCUACCUAAACAGCUUCCCACAAUUCACAGUCAGGCCCAACCUCGAAUGGAAAGAGAUGACAAAGACAAGGAAAGACAGAAAGAGAGAGAGCUGAAGGAGCAGAGGGAAAAGGAAAAAGAACAGAAAGAGAGGGAACACAAGAAGAGAAUAGAAAAGGAAUACAAGGAAAGAGAGAGGAAAGAUGAGAGAGGGCAAAAAGAGAAGGAGAAACAUGAAAGAGAGCAGAAAGAGAGGGAUGAGAAAGAAAAGAUGGACAGUGAAAAAGUGGACAGAGAGCAAAAGGGGAGGGAUCGUAGAAGAAAGGAGAAAGAAAUGGAAUGGGAGAAAAAGAGUGACAGUGAAAGAAGGGAGAAAGAGCAUAGAGAGAGGGAGAAAAGAGAAAAAGAGCAAAAGGACAAGGAGAGAAAGGAAUAUGAGCGAGAGCAAAAGGAGAGGGAACUGAAAGAGAGGGAUAAAAGAAACAGGGAGCACAGAGAGAAGGAGAAGCAGGACAUAGAGCAGAGAGAAAGGGAGAAACAGGAAAGAGAAUGGAUAGAAAGGGAAAAACAAGUAAGGGAGUGGAGAGAAAGGGGAAAACAGGAAAUAGAACAAAAAGAAAGGGAGAGACAAGAGAGGGAGUGGAAAGAGAAGGAACAAAAAGAAAGGGAAAUACAGGAGGAAGAGCUUAAAGAAAAGGAAAAACAGGAGUUGGAGCAAAGUGAAAAGGAGAGUCAGGAGGUAGAGCAAAAAGAGAGAGAGAAACAAGAUAAAGAGAGAAGAGAAAAGAUAGAAAAGGAGAAACAGGAUAGGGACUGGAGAGAGAAGCAGAGAGAGCAGAAAGACAGAGAAGAGAAGGAAAGUGAAAAUGAGAGGGAGCAGAAAGAAAAAGAAAGAAGGGAAAGGGAGAGGGAGAAGCAAAGAGAUCAGGAGAACGCAAAAAGGGAGAGAGCAGAACGAGAAAGGAGAGAUGACACCAUGGAAUUUGCAAGGCUCAGGGAGAAGCAAGGAGAGAAGAAGAUGGAAUGUCAGUCCAGAGCCAAAACAUCAAAGGACAAGGCUGAGCCUCCCCCCAAGAAGAGAAAGAAGUGGCUGAAGGAAGUGCCAUCUUCCUCCUCUGAGUCUGAUUCCUCUCCACCAAGUGAUGAUGAAGGGCUCAUGCGGGGUGGAGCUAACAACUGGGCUAUGAGGGAGAUGUUCAGGAGCUAUGUGGAGAUGCUGGUCAGCACAGCACUGGACCCUGAUAUGAUCCAAGCACUGGAGGACACUGAUGAUGAGUUGUACCUCCCGCCCAUGAGGAAAAUUGAUAGCCUGCUAAGUGAACAGAAGAAGAGGUUGUUAAGGAGAGUCAACAUGAGUGCUCAGCAACAGGAGGCUUUACAUAUAUUCCCAAAAAUGACAGCAGACCCUCUGGAAUCAGGAGUUGUCAAAGUUCACCUUGGUGGGGAAGGCUACAAUCGUAAAACCCUCAACCGGGUCAAGAGGAGUAUUCCUAAGCAGCAGGAUAUGAAGCUUUCAAUCGAAACUUGUCGGAUAUACAGUCUGUAUCAUUCUCUUCACCACUACAAGUAUCACACCUUUCUGCAUUGCAAGAAAGAGACAGAUAAUAUUGAGCAGGCGGCAGAGGACCCUGGCCAGGAGGAAGUGGUGCAGCAGUGCAUGGCGAACCAAGGCUGGCUGGAGAGCCUCUUUAACUCCUUCAUGGAACUGCUCGCCCUCAGUGCCAAGGCCUGAAGGAGGCCUACAGCCCCUGCCCCUACACUCACAUAUCCACAUACAGUAUUAAGUAGAUGGAGGUAUCUACAUUUGUGAAACCACUCUGAAGAAACUUUAUGGAUACUAGUGGUGCAAUGGUUCCAGUGAGAACAGCCACUGUUGGUUUGUUUUUGGAAGGUUUAUUAUUUAAGUAUUUGUUUCAUUGUUGAAUCCAUCUUAAAGUACCUCUUCAUUUCAAGAAUUGUAUUGAAAGAUGGAGGUUUGUGAACUCCCCAAAAGUCAAAGUAAGGCGAUUUGGUCAGCACUAUGAAAGAUUUCAGUCAAGAACUACAGAAUAUUGACACAUGCCAAACUGUCUAUAAGUAUGUAUUGAUAACUAUGAUUUGUAUAAUUUAUACAAGGACAUUUUUAAAUGUAAUCCUGAGAUGGCAUUGCUUGCUGUUAUUAUUUUUGAAAAAUGUUUUAAAGGGGUAUACAAGGCCCACCUGUAUUUAUUGCUUUUGUUGGACCAGCAGAGGUGAAAUUAUGGAUGAGUGAGAUAAAAGUUAGGUUUAAAAGGACUAUGUGAUAGUCCCUUGGUUCUACCUGCCUCAGUAAAGAAGUUGAGCUUCAAAUGAAAAAUAUUUUAAACUAAACGUUGUUCUUUUUGUUUGUUUCUCAAAAAAGACAAUGAGAGAGGGUUUAAUGCCCUUAAUGAAGAGUCACAAUAAAAUAAAGCAAGACCUUCCUCAAGGAAGUGCAACGUGAAAUGAUCCAAAAGCAGAAAUGUCAGUGUUCAAUGUCAUUUUUAUCUGUUUGUUGUUGAUUGUUUCCUAUCAUUUGAUCUCUCUGUGGAUAUUCUUGCAGAGGAAUUUUGUUGUUUUGAUGUGUAAAUAUUGUACAGCUUCUUCAUUCUCUAGUUCCCAGUUGCUCUUCUGUACAUGAAAUACCUGUAUUUGACAUAAUGAAGUAAAACUGUUCAAAUAACA